ACAUAACCUCGUGAUUCCGCGUGACUGAUAACAGCAGGGCCGGCAGGCAAGUCGGUAGCAGCACCUGAGCGCACCAGCUGUCCACGAUUCGAUCGGCGAGGAAAAAUGGUCAAAGGCGAGAAAAUGGUGCUUUCCGACGACGAGGUCAAGCGCCAGAUCGAGCAUAUGACCAAGUUCAUCGAGCAGGAGGCCAUCGAAAAGGCCACCGAGAUCGACGCCAAAGGCGAGGAAGAGUUCAACCUCGAAAAAGGAAAAAUGGUCCAGCAAAGCAGAAUCAAGAUCAUGGAGUUUUAUGAAAAGAGAGAGAAGCAAGUCGAGCUCAACAGAAAAAUUCAAAACUCGAACUUUAACAACCAGGUGCGACUGAGAGCCCUCAGCGUCCGCGAGUCGCACAUUUUCCAGGUGCUGGACGAAACCCGCAGUGUCCUUGGCACCAUCGCCAAGGACAAGGCAAAAUACAGCAUCGUGAUGCGCCAACUCAUUCUGCAGGGAAUGCUCCAGUUUCUGGAGCCGAACAUCACCAUCAAGGUGCGUCGGGAGGACGUGGAGAUCACCGAAUCCGUUUUGGACAGCGUCAUUGACGAGUUCACUGACAUCACCGGCAAGAGAAACUGUACCAUUCUUAUUAAUAUGGAAAGCUUCCUGUCUCCAAAAAGCUGCGGCGGAGUGAUUCUGCAGGCCCACGGCGACCGCAUGAAAAUCGUCAACACGCUGGAGGCCCGGCUGGAUCUGGUGGCUCACCAGGUGAUCCCUGAAAUGCGCACGACCCUAUUCGGCACAAACCCAAGCCGCAAAUUCUUCGAUUAAACUUGGAAUCUCAACAAAUAGGAUUGGAAACGAAAACAAAUAAUAAUUUAAUAGGUACAUGAUCAGUUUAUUUGCGCUUGUUUAUACACUUACACAGAGGUUAAUCAUCCGAGAUGCUAAUUAUACUUCCGGUUAUACACAUCAACAGUGAGAAAUAAAAAAAUUAGUCACAAAA